AUGGGCUGUGUUAACUCUGUGCAGCGGCAUUUGGCAGCUGAGGAUGCUGAUGCCAGUGAGGCAUCCCGCAGUGCUUCCUCUCGGUCGAUACACUUUGCAAAGACUCCGAGUGUAGCUCAAGUGCGCGAGGGCGUUCUGUCUGAAAUGGUUCGUUUCCGUCGUCCGCACAUUCGCGAUUCCGCUGGUUUCGACGUGGUUGACAGCGAAGGGGUGACGCUGUUAAUUCAAGGUGGCGUAGCCGAAGGACUCCAGUUGCUACCGGAGGAGCAAGAGACCGUAGUGACAGCACUAAGAGAGAACGUGAUCUUCUCGUGUAUGCAGACCGAGCAGCUCCAGUCACUGGCCAAGUGUAUGUUCGUACAAAUCGUGAAGCCUGGCGAGACUGUGAUCACCGAAGGUGAGAUCGGCGACAAGUUCUACGUCGUUCGAUCCGGUCGCUUCGACGUAGUAGCCAACAAUGGCCACACGAUCAACCGCUUGGUGGUUGGCUCUACUUUCGGCGAGCUGGGACUGAUAUACCGAGCGAAGCGUACAGCCACGGUAGUCUCCGAUCCCAAAGCCCCCGGUACUUUAUUUGCACUACCCGGUAAAUACUUUCGAUACGUAGCAGCGCAGCGAUCGCUGGAAACCUUUCACAGCUCGUUGGAUGCACUCAAGAAGGUUAAGCUACUUGAAAGCUUGACAGUUGAACAACUUGAAGUCGUAGCGACCUCUGUGUACUCGUUACAAUACCGUCCGGGCGAUACUAUAGUACACAAGGGCGAACCUGGUCGUGUGAUGUACAUGAUCCAAUCUGGUACCGUUGUGUGCACUGAUAUCGGAAGUGGAAGCGCAGCGAUCGCGAAGGUCCAACUGAAAGAGGGCGAUUACUUCGGAGAGCGUGCUUUACUAUCGGCUGAGCCUCGUUCCGCCACUGUCGUUGCACAUACUGACGUCCGCGUGAUAGCACUGGAUCAAUCAACGUUCACUUCCUUACUUGGUCCACUACAGCAAGUGCUCGACUACAACCGCAUGCUACGCACUCUGGAGAGUAUCACCGUGAUGAAAAAAGUUCCAUACGCGCUCAAGAAGAAACUACUAGACUCAGCGCGAAUUGUUCACUUCGAACCAGACGAGACAAUCCUCAAUGAAGGUGACCAUGGAGACACCUUUUACAUUCUCAAAGAAGGCGAGGCAAAAAUGCUGCAGCAGCCAAAGUCUCGCUCAUCUUCUUCAUCUUCUUCGAACCCUCCGUCUCCGAUCCACAAGAUCAUCCCAUUGAACAAUGGGAACGUAAACGUAGAAGCUCCAGUUCCUGCCCUAGAAGUUGCUCGUAUUCUACCGGGAGAUACAUUCGGGGAACUGGCAAUCCUAGAUCGUCGUCGCCAACCUGCAUCCAUCGUAGCGUGCACCAAAGUGGAGUGUUUCGCACUAACCAGCCGGGACUUUGACAACAUUUUCGAAUCUGUCAAGACCGACCUGUACGACCUCGCAAGACAGAAGGAGAUUGUCAGUAGUGACAAACUCUUUGCUCACAGUAUCACUUUAUCUAGUCUCAAGUACAUCAGUGUUAUCGGCAUGGGUUCCUUCGGUGUCGUUCACAUGGCAGAGCACAUACCAACUGGUCGAUUCGUAGCGGUGAAGGAGAUGUGGAAAUCCAGGUUAGAGCAACUCCGACAAACUCAUCACAUCCAGAGUGAGAAAAAGCUGCUAAUGGAGAUCGACUCCGAGUUUCUUCUCAAAUGUUACGCAACGUUACAAGACACUAAGAAAAUCUACUUUGUGACCGAACUCCUGGUUGGUGGUGAACUCUUCCGACGCAUCGUAACACACUCGGGACUACCGAUCCUGCUUUCUCAACGCGACACUCGGUUCUACGCUGCGUGUUGCAUCAAGGCACUCGAGUAUUUGCACGAACACAAUAUUAUCUACCGCGAUCUAAAGCCUGAGAAUAUUUUGUUAGAUUCCAGAGGAUAUGCCAAGCUGGUAGAUUUUGGCUUCGCUAAAAAGCUGACUGGUAAGACGUACACAUUAUGUGGUACACCAGAGUAUCUGGCUCCGGAGAUUAUCCUGGGUAUCGGUCAUGGUGUGGCUGUAGAUUGCUGGGGACUGGGUAUACUUAUCUACGAGAUGAUCGUGGGAGAUUCACCUUUUUCAUCGCCCGACGCAGACCAUCUCGCUGUUUGUCGUAACAUUUUACAUGGUCACAUUUCGUUCCCCUUAGACUGUGAUCCUGACUGGAAAGCGAUCGUCCUUGCCUUGGUGCAACGCCAACCAGAGAAGCGUGCGUCGAUGAUCGCAGGCUCAUUGCUGGAUAUACGACGUGAGAAGUGGCUCGCUGACUUCGACUGGGAAUCUUUCAUUCAAAGAACGAUGCCGACACCGUGGAUACCGGAUGUUACAAGCGAAAUCGACACGAAAUAUUUCCCUAAAGUCUCGAAGGAUGAACUUACAGAAUUUGACUCUUGCAAAAAUCACAAACCCGUCGGUAACUGGGAAGGUUUCUAG